AACCGGCAUUUCGUAGAAGAAAGGUCUCCAGAGCUUUGCAAAGGGAGGAAUUAUUUGCAAACCGACGCAUCACUGUUGUAAAGCAGUUUCAAUGCUGAAGAUGGAUCAUGCAAACAUGACCCAAACCAUGCUCAAUGCUGCAUCCCGCAAUGUGGAGAAGAGCAACGGCAAUGAGUAUUUUUACAUCCUAAUUGUUAUGUCUUUCUACGGGAUCUUCCUGAUAGGGAUCAUGUUGGGCUACAUGAAAUCCAAAAGAAAAGAAAAGAAGUCCAACUUGCUCCUGCUCUACAAAGAUGAGGAGAGAGAAUGGGGUGAAGCUGUGAAGCCUCUCCCAACCAUCUCAGGGCUGAAAGCUGGGCAGAUCCCCAUGAUGCUGAACAUGCUGCAGGAGAGCAUGGUGCCUCCUCUGUCCUGUGCCAUCUGCUCGAUGGAAGGCAGCAGCGUGAGCUCCGAGUCCUCUUCCCCAGAUGUGCACUUCACCAUUCAGGAAGAAGUGCUGGAUGCCGAAAUGGGGGAAGUGUCGGAAACGCUGCUCAACGAGAGCAGCGAGGGCUCUGCAGAAAACAUCCACAAGAACUCCUAGCAGUGGCAGAGGCCACCGAGUCAGCCGGCAGAAGCGUGAGUGGAGCUCCCACGAGGAAUCUGUGAUCCUGCUUUCCUGCUCUCCAAUGGACUCUCAGCUGCUAUCUCUGCCCCGAGCCUGACAUGUUCCUGAGAGCUAGGAGGAAAAGGAAGAAGUAUCGCCCAAAUCCAAAGUGUGAUUUUGCACAUAAUUGGGAUGCUAAUAUUUUACAUUACUGUUUUUUUCCAUAAGAGCUAAGAGUAAGGAGAAUGUAUAUAUAUAGUUUUCUGAUGAGGUAACUCCUAGUGGUAGUGCCUCUGCAUAUUUCAGAAUCUGGUAAAUAUCUGGGAAACGUUCAGAGAAGUUACCCUAGCACAAGUGUCCCGUUGUUAAAGACUGUGGGUACUGCUCAUUCACGUAAACGAUAGAUAAACUGUGAUAGACAAGAAGCACAUCUAACAUUUUUCU